AUGUCCAAGUUCGCUCAACCCUUCCGCUUCAUGGACUUACCCGGAGAACUGCGCAAUCAAGUCUACACCCUGUUGCUAUGUUCAUUCGGGUACCCAGUCGAGCAGACUGUCGACAACUUCCAUUUGCCUAUUGCAUCUGAUGGCCACCGCGCCGACACAGCCAUCCUCCUCACCAGUCGUCGAGUCCAUCUUGAAGCCUACGAUGUCAUGGUGAAGGUAAAUCGUUUCGUCGCUGUCCGCGCAUAUCUGCCUUUACCAUUGAUGGAAAUCCUACAGGAGGGUGAUGUGUCGGUCAUCACCCUCAAUGAUCUGCAUAUCUCUCAGUUCAAGGGCCACAUGCUAUCAGUAACGUUAUCGGCGUCAACGCCUUCGCAUGAGCCGCCCAUGAGCGUCAUGCUCCUCGCCGGAGACUUACAACCUCUCUGUGAAAAUAUCAAUCGAAGCGGCUUUGAUACAAGUCUCACAAUCGACGUGGACGUUGCGCCCCUGCUCGGCGAGCCCACUCCAGUCUACAAAGAUUCCUUCGACGCCUUUGUCUCGGAAGAAAUACAACUCAGCCUGCUCGCCCCAUUCAAGACAUACAUGCGGGGCUUCAAGAAUGUCCACGUACACGGUCGCGUGUCGUCCGAAAUUGCGAUCGCAACGGCGGCGGACAUGUGUAAGGAUGAAUGGUCGGAUCCUGUUGAAACUUUUCACCAACUCCAAGGACUGAAAGAUCACGCUGAUGUGAAGUGGGACUAUGACUCUCGCAGGGAAGUAUUAGGGUCAUGGAAUGAGUGUUUGGUGGAGAUCGGCCGUAUCCGCGAAUCUUCGUCGUGGGGCAACCUCGUCUUGUUGGGAGGGGAUUCAUUCGUCGAUGCAAUGAUUGAGCUAAGGUUCUCAUGCUGCUUGGGUCUCUGCUACGCUAUCAUAGCGAUGUUCAACGACGAGAUGGAGAACGGCAAACAUGGAGGGCUUAUGGACGCUCUCGACAUGAUCUUAAAGCGUACCAUGACCGCCGUGGGAGAAUGCAUGGAGCCAAAUCUUUGGCAGAAAGGUCGCGAAUGGGAGCCCUCAGAUGCUCGAUUUGCUAAGCUACUCUACCGACAAGCGAUAAUGAUUCUCCUAGGCGGCAAUAGUCGCAACGCGGGCCUCGCACUCGAGUUCAUGGAAGUCGCUCUCGAACUCUCGCCUCACGACAGAGAUAUCAUGAAAGUACAUGACGCCAUACUCAGAUGGAGAGCUUCUGGCAGCCACUUCGAUGCCGAUAGGGAUUCAAUUCGCAUCCAUCUGUCUGACAAUGGAGACAUCACAAUCGAUAUGUAA